AUGAGAUUGGUGAGUCUCCUUUUCCUGGGAGCCGGGCUUCUGCCUAGCCACACUUUUCAACAUCCAAAAAGAAAUGGAAAGGAAGCUUUGCCACCCGAGCAGCCCAAGAAGCACCUCAGGCUCUUUGGCACGAACGUAUACGUUGAUCAUCCACUUGAAGCCCCACGCGCAAGCGGCAUCACUUCGACGAGGCCCUCCUCGAGAAGACUGGAGUACCUGCCCCACGAGCAAGGCACAAGCAGAUCAAUGGGUCCGCGCGCCAAAGGCACUCUCGUUGCGAAAUACACGUCUUCGGCUGCUCAAGAGCAGUCUAGCUUCAUGCCUGGUGCUAGUCGGGUUGCUCCUCCACAGCCCCUGAGACAGCAAGGAUCGAGGAUGAGACCUUUUAAGGAAGUGGAAGCCGAGAACGUGCUAGAUGAUCUAGUGAGGGAAGAAGCCACCCGCAACAGGUUGAUGAUGAUAUCGUUGGACAUUGCACAAUGGAAGUUUGAAAGGGAACUCGUGCGAAAGUACGGAGUUCGUGAAGAGGUCAUUUCCGAGCAAUUAAGAUGGUUCAUGACCGCUGAGGAGAUUCAAAGCAAGGACGACCAGGAAAAAAUCGCAAAGCUCAGCAAAGACGCCUCGCCAGAAUACCAAUCUAAAUAUAAGAAGCUCAAGAGUAAAGACCAGCAAGGUGCGCCCUCAGCUUCAGACAUCAUGCAAAGCGAUCGCUUCAUCCCUCCUUCUCCGAAUCCUGGAGCGAAAGUCUACCGCACACCCUCACAGUCUGAUGUUGUAGGCAAAAAGUUCGAGUUCAAAGGAUCUCACAUCCCUUCGUAA